AUGGAGGGGAUAGCCAUCAUAGUGGACAUCAAAUCUCCUAUAUCAUCAUCACACCCAAAUCUUCAAGAUAUUUUCCUGGCAUUGAGGGGACGGAGGAUAAAAAGAAACGAAGAUGUACAUGGUUGUGGAAAAGACCAUGAUAGUCAUCGAAUUCAUGCUAUUCACAUAGAUGAUUUGGAGAUAGAAAGACAAUUACAAUUUCUUAACAAACCCCCACGCAAGAGUAUUCAAACGGAGUUUGGAUAUAUUGUUGAUUGCGUUGAUAUUUAUAAACAACCAGCAUUUGGCCAUCCUUUAUUAAAAGAACACAAAUUACAGAGAAAACCUAGUUUUCAAAAUCCAUUUGAAAAUACUAGUGUGAAUAAUUCAUCAAAUGAAUUCAUAUUUGGACUUCAAAAAGAAAAAUGUCCAAAAAGAACUGUUCCUAUUCGAAGAACAAUAAAAGAUGAUCUUAUUCAAAGAAAAUCAUCUAUCUAUAGUCAAAGCUUAGUUCAAGAUGUUCCUGGUCUUCAUCUGGCAGAACUAUAUGUGAAUGAACUUAUGGGUCCUUUUUAUCAAGUUAAGGGAAUAAGCAGUGUUUAUAAUCCAAGAGUUCUUAAGAAGAAUGUAAAUCAAGAAAGCCUUUCUCAUAUAUGGGUUGAGAACGAUCACGGUACUAACAAAAUUGCAUUUGGAUGGCAUGUGGCUCCACUAUUUCACGGUCGUGACACUGGAACUUAUAUCUUCGCAGCAUGGACAACGGAUAAUUUCAACCAUACAGGAUGCUACAAUCAACAAUGUCAAGGCUUUGUCCAAACUAAUCGAGCUAAGUUCCUCGGUGCACGCUUCCCCAAGACAUCUGUCUACGGAGGAACGACGACGGAGAUUACAAUUUCUAUUACUGUGGUCGAGUUCAGAAUCAACUAUGUAGUAGUUUUAGUUUGA